ACAGACUAGUAUCGUGUGAAAUUAAUCACCGAUGUCUAAUGAGAGAAAUCACAUUUUCUUUCGUUAUAAGCCUUGGAGGUGCUUUGCCAUCUACCUCUUUCAACAGCUAGUUUGUGGUUUGCAGAUCUGAACCUAAAUAAAACGCUGAGAUUCCCCUCACUAAAUGUAUCGAAUCCUUAGAUGCAACUAGAGCUUCAACGCUGCUGACCCGGCAAUAAAACAAAUAUGUUUACACGAGAGGAAUGUUUAUUGGACUUUCAGAAUAUUGGUACUAUAAAUGACGCGGUAGUACACAUGUAAAAACGGUUGAUUCAAAGUAAUUUACACACAAUGGAACGUUCACACUUUGUUUAUCGUGUGUUGGGUCCUUAUGAGAAAUCAACAGAGCCUCUAUCUGCAAGAUGUCCAGAUGGAUGUGUAACUGUUCGUGGACAUAUAAGAAGAACAUGUAAAACUACACAGUAUAUUUCAACAUCUGCAGAUCUCAAGGCGAAUAAAUCAUUUUUGAUGAAAGCAAAAAAUUAUUUAGUAAGUAAAUCGUUGGAUCGGCCCGAAAAAUAUAUAAUCGUAAGAAUCGACAUUAAAAAAUUGCAAAAGCUUAAGAAGGCGGCAAAUAUUGUGGAUCUUACAAAUCAAGAUACUUUGGACGAACAUAUUCCGAAGAGUCAAACUAGUCCUGACCGCGGAUUUAAUUACAAUUGUAGAUUAUGGGCAACCGAAACUCAAGGAGUUUUAAUAAGCAAUUGCGCUAUACCUGUCAAAUGUAUGAAAGUUGUUUAUUCCGAGCCAACCAUACUCUAUUAUCCAUUACUUCGAAAAAGUAAUUUGGAAAAUGUCAUUUUAAAUAACCAUGGCACAUUUAAAGGUUACUGCUUUUUGACUGCUGAAAAAUUAAAAGAGUUGUACAAUAGCAAUUAUAAAAUUGUGGCUAUUAGUAUUUGUAAAGUCACUGAGAUUAAAAGUUACACACUUAUUGACUUCACUGAGAAAGAUAUCUAUGAAGUUAAAUACAAAGGACCACAAAAGCUUGCAGAACUAAGACGCUUACAAGUUUUCCUAAAGGGCAACAUCGACAAGGAAUACUUUGAGUACCUAGAACGGCAAUCCGAUAAAGAUGACCUGUCUACACAAGCACAAAAAAUGACUUUAAGCCCAAAAGAUGCUGGCCACGCCGAAGCCUCUAUUUGGAGCUGCAAUUCAAGUAAAACAUCAGGCACAACGAGGUCAGAACAGAUGAAGCAAGAAAAGGGCAAGAAAACAAAGGCAAAUAAGACAGAACCGGCUCAAAGGGGGACAGUUGGUGGAGGCCAAACCACCAAAGCUAGCAAAGAAAAAACUGGUGAUGACAAACAAGAGGAGGAUGAGGAGGAGGGGUUUGCGGAAGAGGAGGAGGAGGAAGAGGAUGAGGAGGCAGAAGAGGAGGAUGAGGAGGAGGAAGAAGAGGAGUAUGAUAAUGAUGAUGACGAUGAGGAGGAAGUGAAGGAGGAAGAGGAGGAGGAGGAAGAGGAGGAUGAGGAGGAUGAGGAGGAGGAAGAGGAAUAUGAUAAUGAUGAUGAUGAGGAGGAGGAGGUGAAGGAGGAAGAGGAGGAGGGGGAAAUGGUAGAACAAACAUAUAUAAAGGAAACUCAACAUAAAAAGGUGGCAAACAGCCGAAGUGAUGCUGGCAAAGCCGCAGCCUCUAGUAGCAGCAAAUCGAGUAAAACAUCAGGCAAUCCGAGGUUAAAGCAGACGGAGCAAAAAGAGGGAAAGACGACAAAGGCAAAUCCGACAGACUCGGCUCAAAGGGGGGCAGUUGGUGGAGGCCCAUCCACCAAAGCUGGCAAAAAAAUGGAGGUGGAGGAAGAGGUGGAGGAUGAUUAUGAUGAGGAGGAUGAUGAUAAGGAGGAGAGUGAAGAACGAGCAGAUGAAAAGAAAACUAAACCUAAAAGCCGAAGUGAUGCUGGAAAAGCCGCAGCCUCUAGUAGCAGCAAAUCGAGUAAAACAUCAGGCAAUCCGAAGUUAAAGCAGACGGAGCAAAAAUAGGGAAAGACGACAAAGGCAAAUAAGACAGACUCGGUUCAAAGGGGAGCAGUUGGUGGAGGCCCAAACACCAAAGGUAGCAACACCAAAUAUCUGCUUCUAUAGUGGUUGUGGAUACCUAAUGAAUUUAGGUCAGGCCUUGUAUGUUGUUAUAAUUGACGUUGUGUUAUUUGAAGGACCCAAGACUUGUUUAUUCAGUUUAUAAUAAAUAGAAACAGCAAUCAUCUGGUGAUUUGUCUUGUACUUAUUUUAAUUAUUAAUUAUACUAAUUAAAAUCAUUUGUCUAAUAAUUUAGUACUAUUCAAUUGAGUAAUUGUUUUAAAAUAAAACGAUCAGCGAUUUUAUGACCAGGUAUGCCCAAGGAAGCGUUAUCAUUUAACAAGUAAAACAGCUUUGAUUUACGUUAUGUCCUGGGUAAUCGGAAAAAGUCAACUUUACUCCAUAUGUUUUUUUAAGGUUUUGAUUUCAAACUCCAUACCAAUAUUGACUGUGUUGAGACUUGCUGUGCAAAAGAAACGUGAUUUCGUGCAAGAUAUUUUAGAGUUAAUGCACUUUGAUAAUUUUAGACUUUUUUAACCGGAACAAGUCUACUUUUCUCCGUAACUCCAUAGUUUUUUUUUUAAUACUGACUUUAAACUUCAUACCCGCAUUGACUUUGUUGAGAAGCGUUGUGCUUAAAACAAAAACACAAAAAACUUAUUAUUUUGUAUAUGGUAGUUUUGGUAGAACCUUAAGACUAGUAAUUUAAUGGAAGUCAAUGAUACUUCUUAUUACAAGAAAGUCGUGUGGUUGGGGUAUUAAUCACAUCCAGUGGUAGCUCUAAUUCAUACAGUUAUUAAUUCCAUUUUCUUUAAUAAGACUGGUGUAGAAUGUAUUUGUGUGUUGUUUUUUUAUUUGACAUUGACUGUGUGUGUUCUGGAUGGUGAAGAAAAAACAGAUAAAAAGAAAACUAAACCGAAAAGGAUGGCAAAGAGGUGAAAUAAGCGUUUUUGUUUAAUGUAGAUAUGUUGCAAUCAUGGCAUGAUAAAUGUUUAGCACUUUUCUAGUUAUGUAAGCAUCACAAGUUAUACUACAUUUUUAAGACAUAAAAAAUAAGAAAUCCAUUAUUGAAACAAACGAAUUGUAUAUCUUUGUUACAUUUCAUGAAAGCAUGUCCAAAAAAGAGGAAACAUAUAGAAACAGUGUUGUUUUUGUAUAAGGUAUUUCAAAAUAGGUGUACAGACACGCUGGAUGACAGACCCUUCUGAGGCAUUUCUGUGAACGGCUCCUAGCACCGGCUUAAGCUGUAUUCUAUAUUUACGAAUCACUAUGGCAUAGUAAACAAUUUCGUAUGUCCAUAAAAUUAAUAACUACACAGUAGUAGUAGUAGUAUGAGUGACCACACAGUAAGCUGUACAGACACCAUAUAUAUAUUAAUGGCAGACUAAUAGCACAAACAUAUGGAUUUGAGGCCGUGACAUGAUACCAGCAAAAGUUUUUAGUGAGAGAAGAAAGGAGACUUCAGAUUAAAGGAAGCCAAACUAUGAACUUGGGGAGAAAUUGUUGAAAAUUGAAAAACAUACCGAAAUGUAUGAAUUAUAUUUAUGUGCAAGGUGUUUGUAUUUAUAAUUUCGUUUUAGAUUUAAAUAUAUUUACGUUGCUUAUCUAUUCUGGAGAAUCGUGUUUAAUUUCGAGUAUUUCCUUUAAAUGGGAUGUCAUGUUUAGGUUAUUGUCAUUCUUGUAUUUAGUAAGACGGUUACAAGAUGUUAUUCUACUCAUUGAAUAGUACUUGGCAGGGACGUAUGCGAAUAUCCAUUUUAAUAGUGUGCGUUUUGCAUUAUAUGCAUAUAUUUUCUAAAAAUUUCCUCAAAAUGGGUUUGCUUGGAUAUUUUGGGAAGGAGAGAAUUGUGUGCCGAAUGCCACUUUUUCAGAAUAAUAAUGUGGUAUCGGUAUGCUUUGUCUCUAUAAAUUUUAAGAUUAAUUUUACCCAAUUGAUAUGUUUUACCGUCGCAAAAAUGACUACUUUUUAUUUUAUUGAAUCAUUUUUAUAAAACUGUUAAAAUUGUGCUCCAAGUGUUAAACGUAACAAUCGCCGAAUUUCAGUGACGACCAUUUCAAGGAAAUCACAAAACAUUUAUUGAUAAGGAUUGUAUUAUAUUAAUGUUAUCUGUAUUCAUUGUUGUUAUGUAUUUCGUUGACUUGUUAUGCAUUGAUUUUUGUGCCUUAAAACAAUGUUAAAUGAGGCGCAUACAAACAAACUUAAAGAUAAGUAUCCAGUAGACUCGUGUUCCAGUGAACACAUGUUUCACUGACCGAUUAAAGGACGUAACGCUAUCAUUUAUGGCAUGUCUACGUAUGUCUCUAUUCAGUGCAGUGUAUUUUAAGUCAUAGUGUUGUGUCUCUAAACAGAGGUUAUACUCCAUGUUUUGACGAAUUGGCUUGUCCCUUUUGUUUUCAUUGCAUCAGCUUCAGUGCUUUGAUUUAGUAGGCUUUUUGUAUCCAAAUGUUAUUCUACAGUUAUGUUAUGAUAAUGUUUGAAUACACUUAUGCUAUAUAAUUCUCUGUAUGCUAUAUGCGUCUAUAUACGUCACGCUGCAAUUUUCAUUUCAAUAUUUACAUUUACUGGUUAGUUCUUGCUAGUUUUUAAUAUAUUUUUAGCUCACCAGAGCACGAAGUGCUCAAGGUGAGCUAUUGUGAUCGGUCUUUGUCCGUCGUCCGUCCGUCACACAGUCUGUCCGUCCGUCAACAAUUGCUUAAAAAACAUCUUCUCUGAAACUACCUGGCCAAAUUCAAUAAAACUUCCUUCGGUGUCCCUUUACAAAAUAACAACAAGGGGUCACGAUUGAUUAACAACAACAACAACAACAACAAAAUGGUUGACUUCCUGUUUUGCUUUAAAAAACAUCUCCUCUGAAACAACCAGUCCAAAUUUUAUGAAACUUUACAGGAAGCUUCCUUGGGUGACCCUCUACAAAAAUACAACAAGAGGUCACGAUUGAUCAACAACAAAAAACAGCAACAACAACAAAAUGGCUGACUUCCUGUUUUGCUUAAAAAAAAACAUCUCUUCUGAAACAACCACUCCUAAUUCAAUGAAACUUUACAGGAAGCUUCUUGGGUGACCCUCUACAAAAAUUCAAGAAGGGGUCACGAUUGAUCAUCAUCAACAACAACAACAACAACAAAAUUGCCAACUUCCUGUUUUGCUUUAAAAAAACAUCUCAUCUACCAGUCCAAAUUCUAUGAAACUUUAUAGGUAGCUUCCUUGGAUAACCUUCUACAAAAAUACAAUAAGGGGUCACGAUUGAUCAACAACAACAACAAUCUGGCCAACUUCCUGUUUUGCUUUAAAAAAACAUCUCCUCUGAUACUACCAAGCUUAAUUCACUGAAACUUAACAGGAAGCUUCAUUGCAUGACCAUCUACAAAAAUACAACAAGGCAUUGAGAUUGAUCAACAACAACAACAACAACAACAACAAAAUGACCGACUUACUGUUUUGCUUAAAAAAAUCUCUGGAACUACCCGGCCAAAUUCAAUUAAACUGUACAGGUAUCUUCAUUGCAUGACCCUUUACAAAUAUAAAAUAAGGCAUCGUCAUCAGCAAAGAUAUGUUUAAAUUGCAACAUUUUUAUUAAUGCUUUAUCACAGAGUUGUGGCCCUUUGCUUGGGUGAGCGUUUUGGGGUCAUCAUGGCCCUCUUGUUCAUAUUACUAUACUAUUUUCUUUUACAUAUACUCUGUAUAUCAUAUGGUGAUUAGUUAAAACAAUUUCAUCUAUAUAUUCUUUAUCAUACAUGGUAUUCAUUAAACUUUAGA